CUCUAAUCAAAAGCCGAAGGCGGCGCAUUCCCAACGCUCUCUCUUUUUUUUUUUUUUUUAUAAAUCUUUGUUUUCGCCUUUCUUUUGUUAACAGAGUGCGCUUUCUAAAACAAAAAAGUCGCCAUGUUUUGCAAACAAUUUGGUCUUAAUGGACGUCUUGCAACGCAAGCUUGCAAACGAUUUGCUCGUCCUGCGCAGUCCCGCAGUUAUGCGACUGGAGCAGCCACAGCAGCCGCUGGCGGCGCUUUCAAGAGAGCAGCAGGUAUGUUGCUCGCUGGCGUAGGCGCAAGCACAGCAGGCGGUUUCGGAACAUGGUACACGAUGCAUUCGAACGGAAUGGGCUUUCACUCGGACGAAGAGAGCCUGCGACGCUUCGUCGCUAACCACGAAGAGGCGAGGAUGGUGGAAGAGACGAUCAACAAACACCCACUCGUUGCAGAGCUGCGCGCCAACCCCGAACUCACCGAAUCACGACCGCACAUGAAAAUGCCCGGCUCAUACCGAAGUCGGAGCCUGACCGGAGGAGCGCUCAUCGGCGAGGGGAAAAUGCCAGUACCACCGUACGCCUGGAUGGCGCCCCAGGGCAAGCAACUUGUGUCUAUAGCAUAUGUCGGUGACGACCUGUGCGGCCACCCUGGCAUCGUACAUGGUGGUUUCCUGGCGACUAUGCUGGAUGAGGGUCUCGGACGUUGCUCUUUCGGUGCGCUGCCUCAUAACAUCGCAGUAACUGCAAACCUCAAUGUGGACUAUCGCAAACCCACACCAGCAGGAAGCUUUCUGGUCCUCCGAGCGGAGACAUAUAAGGUGGAAGGCCGCAAGGCUUGGGUUAGGGGCCAUAUCGAAUUACUGGCUGAGCCAGGCGAGAAGCCAACGAUAGUGGCCGAAGCGAAAGCACUAUUCAUAUCGCCCAAGUAUGCUGCGAUGAUGCCUAAAAUUGGUUAAACGAGUAGACGACACAUGUUAUGACAACUUUUCAGAGCGAGCGACGGGAGUGACGGGUGCAUUUAAAUGGUUUAGAGUUGCGGUAGACGAGAGACCUCGCAGUGGCAGGUGAAAUGAUAGAAUGCGGGCAUUUUACAAGAACAUAUUCUAAUUACAUAUAGAGCGUUAUCUUUGGGAAACUCGGAUACUAGAGCGUGGCCUAUUGAUUUUCUGCCAUAUAUUAUACAUGAACAAAUAAUUUCAAAUUCUCCAUUUAAAGUUGA